AUGAUUUGGUCACUGGAGCCACCAGUGCAGAGGGGUCCAAUUCAAGAACUCAACAGCAUCAAUCAAUUGGAAACAUCAUUCUCUCCUCUGGCAAAUGAUCAUAAAACAAUUGCUUCAAGUUCAUUUCUCAAUCCAGAGGGUUGGAAGCAAAUAAACCAUCUGCAUUCUGGAAUUAGUGAAAUUGAUCAACUUUCAAGGGACACAUUACCUGAAAGUAACAAGAUGGGGAGCAUUGUAGGAAACAUUGGAUCACAGGAAACAAGGUCCCUUGGUCUACCUGAUCAUUUUGAUAGUAUGUCUUGGUCACAACUUUUGCAAGAAUCAGUCAUUAACAUUGAUUCAAGGGGAAAAUCAAUCUUUGAGCAUAGCCAUGGCCUCAUCCCCCCCACAGGUAGCUUCACUGAAGGCUAUACUCAAAAUCUCAAGGAUGAAAACAUGAGCCAUGUGCCAAUUAAAAUCCCACAUCAAAUAUAUAUGAACAGAUUAGAAGAAGGCCAUAUUAGUAGUGAUAGCCCAAAUCAUAUUAUGGAAUGUUUGGCCAAUCACAAUCAGCUAAGCUCAGAAACAAGAUUUACCAAUAGUGUGCCAGAAAGUUCAUAUCAAAACAUAGUACUGAGGAAUGAAUUGGACACUGGACCACCUGGGUGCUAUGGAGAUUGUGGAUAUCAAACCAAUGAAUAUAAAGAGAUGUGUCAUUCUCCCGUUUGGAUCCCAAAUCAAGAUAAAAGACCCUUUAGAUACAUAGCAGAUGAAAACCAUGCCAGUGGUGUUACAAUCAAUUCUUGUACAAGUGAAUUGAUCAAUACUUAUAACCUAUUUUCACAUGAUAAAAUACCUCUUGAUGGGAAAAUACACUAUGAUCAGCAAGUAGGAACAAAACACAAAGCAGAUACUAUCCUUGAGAAUCUGGGACAGUAUGUAGAUCACAUCAAUUUACCUACUUCAUUUCAGAUUCAGGGGUUACACAACAGAGAAACACACAAUGAUAUAACACAUUACAAAAAAAGCCCCAACCAUCUUUCAGGGUCAUUUAACCAGUGUACCUACCAAGCAUACCAUUCUGAUUUUCCUCAUACCAAUCCACAAAGACAUGAGAGGGUUAUUGCAGGUUUUGGAUCUGAAAUGCCCAAUGUAACACCAAACUACUCAUUAUCUUCUCCAUCACAUCACCUACCAACACUUGUGGCCAGCACCAGUAGUCCUUCAGAAUGUGAACAUGGUCAAUUUGGAAAGGCAAUGUCCAAUCCAUUCUGUGAAAAUUUCAAUUUGCCUCCUAACUGGCCUCAAGUAGAAGAGAAUCAAAUCAGCAGAAAUCCACUUGGAAAAGAGGGUGCAUUUCCAAUUGAAAAGCAACCGCAUGGGCCAGAUUACAAUGUUGUAGAUAAAAAUCUUGAGCAACAGGACCCUAUGUCUCCCACAACAUCCCAAAACUACCCAUUUUUGAAAAGAAAGGCAUCACAAGUUUUCACAUCAAGUCUUAAUGAGGCAAAGAAAAAUCCCAGGAAAGACCAAGAUUAUGACAAGAGUAAGAGUUUGGAAUUCAUAAUCAUGCGCCUUCUUGAGCAGAAUCACAGUAGAUCAAUGAGAAGUGAAGGAGUGACUCGCAGGGAUAUAGUUCAAACAAUUCAACAUGUUGGAAUUCAAAAACUCCAGUUGUAUCAGAAAUUAGAUCUCCAGCACCAAAAAUGGUUCAACGGAUGGAAAAGAAAACUUUUAGAUUUGAUCUUUCCCUCAAGCUAUCCAAGAGAUACAAGUUCUGUAAAUGAAACAGGUUGGACAAGUUUAAUUCAUAAGGUGGAAUUUGGAGUUGUGAUGGGAUUCCUUGGAGUUUUGAAUUUUAUUGAGUCCCAUAUAACUGAGAAGCCGGUGAUGUUAAAAGUAUUUGAGGAUGGUUUGAAAUUUAUUGAACAAUAUCUGGACAAGGUAUAUUUAUUGGCCACUCAGAAUUUAGCAAGAUUGACAAGCAAAUUUGUCCCACUCAUUAACAUCUCCUCUGACCCUUUGGAAGUCAUUCUUUCCCUACUUGCAUUUACACAUAGAAGAGAUUUAAGAUUUGAAGUUUAUCACAAUAUCUGGUCAAAUUGGAAGAAUGAAAAGUACCCUUCUGUUCAAGAUGUUUCAUUUCUGGAGUUCACAAAGCUCAUAUGUGGAAUCACUUUGCCACAUGUCAAAUUACAUGAUAAAACAGCUUGUAAUUCAAAAGUGGAUCAAUCUCGCUUGCAGGUUCCACAAAGUUCACAGGAUUAUUCAUAUAGAAAAAGAAUUGUGGAAAAAGGAAAACAAUGUAUGAUUAACUUUGAAAGUAUUUUUCAUAACAAGGAUUCAUAUUUUCAAAUGCUGAAAGAUGACAUGUUGGAUAAAUUCAACCGUGAGCAAGACAAUCUGAGUGAUUAUGAAUCAAUGCAUCACAAGAAACUUGUGAUCAAUGCAAUGAAGGUUGUGAAGCUAAGUGUAGUGGAUGGGUUCUUUGGAAUAAUCAAAUGCCUACAUGAAAAACAUGACUCACAUUGGAAUCUUGAGAUCAUUCUGAGGACUGGUUGGGAGUUUUUUCAACAUCAUUUCUCUUUGUGGAAGACAAUCAAUCUAGACAAUCUAUUCAACAAAAAAGGCCUGUCCAAUGUAAAGACACAGCAAAAACUGAACAAAGAGUUGAGAUUCUCUGCUGAAUCAUUCUAUUCUGUGAUGAGGUCAAGCUACACACAGAAAAUUUCUGUAAGAUUUGUUCUUCAAUUGCUAAGAGAUUGGGCACAUUCACUACCUAUGGAUCAGAAGGAUUUCAAAGGGUUCCAGAUGCUGUUGAAAUCUCAUGAUAAGACUUCUUUUACAAUGUGGUUUUGA